UCCCCCCCUCGUCCAGGGUCCUGGGUCCCUGGGUGCGUUUGGCUAGCCUGCUCUGGGUAAGGACACAGAAGCCCCAAGCUCUUCUCUUCGUUUUGCAGCAGAAAGGGGUUUUAUACUAGAAGCGAGUUCUGCACUGGAACCCAGACCCCCAAAUCCGCAUGCUUUGGCCGCCUGAUUUCCUUCUCUAUUCUUUGGUCUGUUUUCAUUUUCUUUGCAUUGAUUGCGAGUUCAUUGGAGACUGCCUUUCUGCAAAGGAUGGGGUGUGUGUUGUUGUUGUUUAAAGCCUUAUUUACUUCUCUCUCUCUUCCCUUGCUUUUCCUGCAUGUUCAGCAUACGUUCCUUCCCUCCACCCCUCUCCCCAGCCCCCACCUUCUCAAAAAAAACCAACCUGAGAUUGUACUUUUGUACAGGAGGUUCAAAUUACAAAUGGCAAUUUUAUGCACUUCGCCGUAUUAACGCUGCCUCCCGGGCAGCGCUCAUGUGACCCUGCAUGGAUUAACAUUCUGCUAAAAAAAAUAUAUAUAUAUAUUUCUGUUUUCUUUUUUCCUUUCACUUUUGAAACGAGGAGAGCGCAAUAGGAAGUAGGAAAGGGUGGGCGAGGGGCCCUCUGUGGCUGCUUUCGCUCUGCGCGAGUUGGGUCUUUGUGAUAUAAAAUUCGCCGAGCGCCGCGAGCCCUGCUCUGCCAAUGGCGCGCUCGGCGCCGGGCGCGGGCUCCGGGUUGGGGCGAGCCACCGCCGGGGUUUCUUUGUGUUUGCAAGAGCGACUCUCCCGGUCCGGAGUCAGAUAACAGCCUGAGCCCGAGCUACGCCGGCUUUCCCCGGCCCUCAUAGGCCGGGCUCCGUUGGUGCCGGCCGCCGGCUCCCUGCCUCUUCCCGGCUUCCUCUCGCUUUGGCCGCCCUCUCUCUCUCCGCCCUCUCCCUCGGUCUCUUUCUCCGAGCACACUGAUUAGACUGACGCCAGACCUCGGCUGUACUCUUGUCUCUCACCAGGGGUUCCCUGCCGGGCUGGGGCUGCAGGGUUUGGGGGAGAAUCAUUCAGGGGCGGCCACAGGCCGUCUGGGGUGAACACUGUGUCUUUUGCAAAAGCGUCUCGCCCUCCCCCCCAGACUCGCCCCUCCCGCUCCCUCUCCUCCAAUCAAUAAGAAAUAUCAGCUGUUUAGCUGUAAAGAAGAAAGAUGCCCUCAGAAUGCUACAUCCCGCCCACAGCGCCGUGGACCCCGAGGCAAAGUGGCCAAUUCUGGGUCCUCGGCGGACCAGCCCCGAGCGGGCCUCGGAGCGGUGCAGAGGGGCAGGAUGCCGCCCACCCAGCCGACCCAUGGGCAGUUCGCGCUGACCAACGGGGACCCCCUCAACUGCCACUCGUACCUGUCGGGAUAUAUUUCCCUGCUGCUGCGUGCCGAGCCCUAUCCCACGUCGCGCUUCGGCAGCCAGUGCAUGCAGCCCAACAACAUCAUGGGCAUCGAGAACAUUUGUGAACUGGCCGCGCGGAUGCUCUUCAGCGCCGUCGAGUGGGCCCGGAACAUCCCCUUCUUCCCUGACCUGCAGAUCACGGACCAGGUGGCCCUGCUGCGUCUCACCUGGAGCGAGCUGUUUGUGCUGAACGCAGCACAGUGCUCCAUGCCUCUCCACGUCGCCCCGCUCCUGGCCGCAGCAGGCUUGCACGCUUCGCCCAUGUCCGCCGACCGGGUGGUCGCCUUUAUGGACCACAUACGGAUCUUCCAAGAGCAAGUGGAGAAGCUCAAGGCUCUGCACGUCGAUUCUGCCGAGUACAGCUGCCUCAAGGCCAUAGUCCUGUUCACCUCAGAUGCCUGUGGUCUCUCUGAUGUAGCCCAUGUGGAAAGCUUGCAGGAAAAGUCUCAGUGUGCUUUGGAAGAAUACGUUAGGAGCCAGUACCCCAACCAGCCGACGAGAUUCGGAAAGCUUUUGCUUCGCCUCCCUUCCCUCCGCACCGUCUCCUCCUCAGUCAUAGAGCAAUUGUUUUUCGUCCGUUUGGUAGGUAAAACCCCCAUCGAAACCCUCAUCCGGGAUAUGUUACUGUCCGGCAGCAGUUUUAACUGGCCGUAUAUGGCAAUUCAAUAAAUAAAUAAAUCAAAAUAAGAAGGGGGAGUGAAACAGAGAAAGAAAAGGCAAAAGACUGGUUUGUUUGCUUAAUUUCCUUCUGUUAAGAAAGGAUAUAAAAGGAUGUUACAAGUUUGCUAAAAGAAGAGAGGGGAAGAAUUUAAUGGACUGUGAAUUUCAAAAAAAAAAGACUGUCAAAUGAACUUUUACAGAAUGCAUUAAAAAAAAAAACUCCUGUGUUGGUCAGAACAACUUGCUACUUAUCAUUUUUGUAUAAAAAAGAAAUUAGUCUUUUUCUUUUUUUGGUAAAUUUUUGAAAAAUAUUGCUAAAAGUGCAUUUAAGGAGAUUGGGAGAAAAUUAGCAGAAUGGAGAAAGUAAGUCUUUUUUUUUUUUCCAAAUUAUUAAUUGUCCUGUGUCUAUGUACCUCUCUAGCUGUUCUUUUUUGUACUUUUCUGGUUCCAAACCAGUUUAUUCUGUGGUUCUAUAAUAAGUUCUGAUAUAAUCUUGGCUUCUUAAAAACUGUGUAUCAUUAAAAUAUAUGUUCUGCAAGAAUUAAAACUGAGUCCAUGAAAAUAUCAUAGGAAGACAUAAAACUUUAAAAGGCAACUCAGAGAUGAUGGAAACGCACUUACAAGUGGUGACCAAAAAUUUUAGGUGGAUUUGAGCACUCUAAUUAGAAAACUGGAGGAACCACAUGCAACCCCUACCCUCCCCCCCAAAAAAGACACCAUGACAAACCUAGCUUUUUAAAAAUAUUUUAAGAAAGAGAAUGAACUGUGGAAUUUAUUGGCAGCCAAGGAAUGUGUCCAAGACACAUGCUGAGGUUUUGAAUAAAAAGUGAACUUUUGUAAUUUGAAUUGGGUCCCGCUUAGUUCUUGAAUUGUUAUGAAAAUCCUAUAUCUGUUUGUAUAUUUGCAAACCCUUUGUAUUAUAAUUGUUGAUAUUUUCCCUUUUUAAAAAAAUACCAUUGAAAUCAGCAUGACAAAAUAACACUGUUGGCACUUAUAGGUAACGUGAUUGAUUCAGUAUCUUAGAGUUUACAGUUUGUGUUUUAAAAAAACUGAAGGUUUUUUUUUAAGUGCAACAUUUCUGUAUACUGUAAAAGUUAUAAUAACUGAACUGUUUGGUCGAGUCUUUGUGUGUUAUAUUCCAAGGAAAAUUGAAAGUAUUCAGAAAUUAAAAUAUUAUUUGAUAUCUGAAA